AUGGGUACACCAACAUUUAACAAGGAACUCAAGUUCCGGAUGGAGGGCGCUUCAUUGUGGGACAAGGGGAAAUAUAUUUUCCACGAGAAACUCAAAAACGAUGAGGGCGGGUCCCUUGCUCAUGUUCAGCAAUUCCUUAGUGACACCACGACGAUAAAGCAAGCGUUAGAGGUUGGGGAAAGCACGAAGAAGAAGGCCGAGGGAAAGUAUUCGGGAAGGAUUGGGAAAAUCUUGAGGAAGAUGCAAUUCUUUGCGCAGUUUGGAGACAUUGCUAUCCAGCAUAAUCCCGAGACAACAGCGCUAGUAUGGGCAGCCUUUAGGAUGAUGUUGCAGGUAUGUACUGCAAAUCUCUGCGCUUACUUUUAAACGUCGGCUAUAUGUUGAGGAUGAGCGCAGCUGGCGGUCAACGACCUUGAAACAUGCGAAAUACUCACUUCAGCGUGCGAUGAUGUUGCCGGCACAGUAUUCAUGUGUGAAGUGUAUGAACGGCGGUAUAUUCAAGUGAUGCAUGAUGAGGAUAGCGAUAUAGCACAAAAGGUGGUUGAAAGGAUACCAUCUCUUUACGCCAUAGUUCUGGAGUUCUCGUACGAGGCAAGGAGGCAUAUGAGUAGAGGGAAAUUCUGUAAGCGAUGCAUAUCCGAAACUCACCCUCGUCCAAGAAAAAGUGUCGCAUAUUGACUUGGUAUACAUACUGUAGCUCGGUUUCUAAAAUCAGGAGAAAGUACGAAUUUCACGCGUUUGCUGAAUGAUAUCAAGAAAGUCUCAGUUGAGAUCAACGAUCUAGCAGGUCUGGCGUUUCAGCAAGAUGUUUUGAAAACUCUCGGAGGUUUGCACGCUCUCACUCCAAGUUAAACGCUAGAGAUAUAGUGCUGAUUGGCUGGGAAGAAAUUGUUCAUCAAUCGGGCGAGGGAAUUGAAGAGCUACGUAAUCUCAUGUCGACCAUCAUAGAAGGUAUGUGCCCUGUUAUCCUCUCACUAAAUUCUCCUCGGCCAUUUAAGUCUGAUAGAAUCAAAACAAAGAAAACAAAAAGAAUGCUCAAGAGUCCCGUUUCGAGCAGAAGAUCAGGGCAGAAGCAAAGGAGCGAGAGAGAGUGGAGGCCGAAUAUGAGAAAAAUCUUAAGUGGCUCGACCGCCUAGAGGAUCCCGGUUACGAACAUCGAACAAACACCAACCUCCGGCAGUCGAAUACCUGUACCUGGAUAUUUGGGGACGAGGAAUAUAAAAAUUGGUAUGAAUCUGAGAGUUCUAGCAUGGUAUGGGUUGUGGGAGAUGUAGGUGAGAUAGCCUGGAUAAUCCUGCCUUGGGCGCUUCCGGGUGCCCCCAACCCGGGCCGCUUGGGGACGGUUUCCCUGAAAAAGUUGAAUAAGUUCGUAUGGGGUGUUAGUGUGUAAUACUGAUUUCAUCCAGGUUUUGGAAAAUCCGUGCUUCUGUCAGCUGUUAUCGAGGAACUCCUAAAGGUGGAUGAUGGCCGUAUCGUGCUAUUCUUCUUUUGCAAAUCUGGGGAUGAUAGUACACAGCGUGCGGGGGCUAUCUUUCGCAAUCUUAUCGCUCAUAUUUAUCAAAAGAUCCAUGAUAACUUCCCCGAACUCCUUGAGGAAAGCGCUAAGAUAUUGGCCAAGGUGCAAAAGAAAGGCGGUCUCGGAAAGAAUGACUUGGAAUAUGCCAAGUCUGUGAAGAAUCUCAAGCCGGCCCUUGAAGGUCUAGCUAGACUUCAUGAAAAGCCAGUAUUUAUCGUUAUUGACGCUUUGGAUGAGUGUAACGACCGCGAGAAGGAAGGGUUGACUAAUUCACUACGUGGAAUGGUUGGCACAAGCGCCAACCUUAAGAUUCUGGUGGCUAGUCGCCCCGAAGCCGAUCUCCUGCAAGGGUUUGAGGAAAUUCCGAAGAUUGAACCCGGACACAAUAAUAACAACUCGGGAGAUAUCAAGGCCUACCUCGUUGAAGAAUUGAAUAAGCUCUCGAGCUGUACACCCAAAGAGCGCAAGACGGCACUGAAGGAGAUCAUUAAGAGAUCGGCAGGGAUGUUCAGAUAUGCAAAUCUAGCGGUAGAUAGACUCCGACAGCCAUGGCGUCGGCCUAUUGAAAAACAUCUCGCUACUUUCCCUGAUGGGUUAGAGGCUUUCUAUCGGCAGCGCUUCCAACAAAUCAAACCCGAGCUUCGGGAGAUUCUCGUGAUGGCCUUGAGGUGGAUUAUAUUAGCCAAAGGAGACGUUACUCCCCUGAUUGUUGCAGAAGAUUAUCGACGAGUGUUUGAUGACGAGUGUGAUGAUGAUGAUGGUGAUGAUAUGGGCGGAACUGAUGAAGCUAGUUCUGACGAUGGAAGUGGUGAAGAGAGUGACAAUGAAGAGGCGGAUCAAGGAGUGGCGUUAACCGAUGGAGCCGGAGCGGUUGAUGGCCAAAAAGUAGGAGAUGACAACAUGCAGAAGAAGAACGAAGACAGCGGAGAUCCGGGGACCGAACCAACUGAUAUCCCCGAAGGAAAUGACGAUGAUGUUCCGGCAGCGGAAGAGGACAAGGAAGCUAAUGAAGAAAAUGCAGAUGAAUAUGGCGGCAUGCUCGAUGACACGCUUAAGCAUGUGCGGGAAGCAGGUUCAAUAUUCAUUAAAUUCAUUAAAUCCACAGACAGAGAUGCUCCGCUGCGCCUACGACACACCUCUGUUAAGGAUUUUGUCCUCAAAGAGAGCUCUAAAUAUGCCUCUAUCCGCCGAGAAACGUUUUGUUCUCGAUGUGCGAGCAACGGAAGUGAGCAGAUUACCCCGCUUUUGGUCACUCCCAAGCAUGGCCACUUGAUUCUUUCCUUGACUAUCUGUGAGUUCCCCUGCCAGCAUUCGGGAAUGAGUGACUAGUUGUGGCUGAUAAUGUAAAUGACCGCAGUCACCCAUCUAAAUUCUGAAACCUUUAAGCGUCGCUACCUACCAAUAGUUGCGACCGAAGAGUCUGAGGCGGGUGAUCAGGAUACUGACGAGGGGGUGGCAGGUGAGGAGGAGGGGGACGUAGAUGUCCAGAAUGACGGCGCAGUCGAGGAAAGUAAAGAAGUCUGCGAUGGUAAUGAAACAAAAGAAAGGGGAGAACAAGAGGGUGGAGGUGCGGGAGGGGAGUUGGAUGCGGGGGCUACAAUGGAAGAGGAGGAUAGAAGAGGAGAGGGAGGGGCAAUUGAAGAGAGAGGUAAGCCAACGGAUGAGACCGCCAAGGAUGGCACGGGCAAUAAGGGAGAAGGGAUAGUCAAAGACAGCAAGGAUCUCGAAACCACAUACCCGAGGAAAGGUGAAGACGACUGCGCCAGUACUCUACAAGAAUCGACACCAUUACUUAUGAAUGACUCCGGAAUCGAUGUUUCGUCCCUCGAGAAUGAUGGGGAACAAUUGGCGGGGGAGGAGGGGGCAGAGGUAGCGGAAGUAGUUGAGGAGGAAGAUAGAAGGGAUCUUAUCCGCAGAACCGGUCCUUUGUGUCAGAACGAGCGGACCUUCUUUUGGUGUGCGGACGAACAGAGCGAAUAUGGAUCGGAGUUCUUUGAUGGUUCCAAGGGCGAGAAACUCGAAAAAAUCGCGAUAUUCGCCGACACGCACAACCUAGAUGCACCCAUUAAGGGCCUACGCUUCAAGCGCAAGGAUCUAGGUUGGAGUCAUUAUUUUGGCCAUAGCAUAAGGGGGCGAACUGGAGUAGUUGUCUUCGACCUUCAGGGAGAAAUAAUUCAAGGAGUUCUCUUCCAGCGGGCUGCAGGGCUGCUUGCUUUAUCUGUAGGUGCAUGUAACCAUUUUUCCGGCUAUGUUCUAACCAUUUGGACAGUUUAAGACUGAGGCGCGGCGAGGUCCGUACUAUGGUCUAUGGUUCAAUAGCCAGGACAUUGCCGUAGCUGACUAUCCCGGGCAUGUUCCAAUUGGACUAUGUUGGUCUAAGAAUCCUUCCGAAAGGGUCCCUCUUGGGCUACUAUAUAAAGCCGCUGACCCCCCAGAGGAAUACGCUUAUAUACCUCAGGAACAACAGAAUCCACCAACGGAAUGGAUCACCGAUUUCAAACCAACAUUGGAAGAAGCUGAGAAUGGAUCGGGAGCUGAUGGUACCGCGAGUGAGGCAGAUUCUGAUUACGAGCUUGAACCCCAGGAGCCCAAAGGAGAUGGCGGGGAUGCUUCACUGAGCCCGUGCAGAUACGAGCUCGCAAAUUGGAUGUAUCAUCUCCAGCAGGCGGAGCGUCUAUGGACGCCAGAGGAGCGUGAAGGCAAUAAAGACUGGGAUAGGCUUUGGGAUUUGGUUGAAAAUUUUUUAUGCAACAGUCCCGCGGAAUUUACGCUAUGGCAAUACGAAGUUUGGCCAAUUGUAUACCCCUAUUCCUUUGAUGAAGAUAGUGUUAGUGGGGCUCUGCAUGUUGCUGCCUCUUAUAGCUUGACAGGACUGGUUGCAAGAUUACUAAAGAAAGGCCACGAUGUCAACUCGGCAAAUGGGGACAGAAUAACACCCCUGCACCUAGCGGCGGCACUGUCUCAAGACCCAGGUCUUGUCAAAUUACUCCUUGAACAUGGAGCAGAUGUCAAUGCCAUAGACUGCAACCAACGGACUCCUCUUGGAGAGCUUUCGUUAAAGCUGAAUGGUUCUCCCGAAAUUGCAAAACUUCUCCUUGAUGGUGGUGCUACCGUAGAGGCAGCAGAUUGGUCGGGCAUGACGCCAUUGCAUGCCGCCUGUCAGAACGGAAACGUCGAGAUAUUCAGGCAACUAGUUGAGAAAGGUGCAAAUGUGAAAGCACAGGACGAAACCGGCGAAACACCACUCCAUAAAGCUUUACGCCGCGCAGAUCCACCCCCAGAAUUAAUCGAGGAGCUCAUUCAGCACGGCGCCGAUGUGAACGGGCAGGAUCGGCAAAGUCAAGCUCCACUCUAUGAGGCGGCAGAAUUGGGGAGUUCUGCUGCUGUUUCUAUUCUCUUGAGACUAGGGGCGAAUGUCAAUGAUGAUGAUGAGACCGGAACUACAGCGCUGCAUAUUGCAGCUGCGAGUGGCCAUUGCGGGGUUGUCUCUCUACUGAUAGAGAACGGCGCAGAUCUUAAUGCGAAGGACCACAAGGGCAAAACAGCAUUAGCUUGGGCAACUCAGAACGGAAGGGGUGAGGUUGUCUCAUAUCUCCUCGAGAAGCAAACCUCCCAAGACCCUGAAAAGUCCUACCUUGUCGCUGCAGAUAGUCAAGGGAGGACUGCUCUCCACCGCGCUGCGGCUAAAGGGUAUACCGAGAUUGUAACGAAACUCUUGGAUGCGGGUAACCCAAGCUUCGGCCCAACACAGCUGGAAGGAAACAGCCUAGCAGCAACUCCAUUGCACCCGGCCGUAUUCGGAGGGCACGUAAAAGUUGUUGAGCUACUCGUGGAACGCGGCAGCGAUAUAAAUGCGCCAAACCGAAAUGGGCAAACCCCCUUGGAGCUUGCCGUGACCCAGUGGGGUGUUUGUUACGAAAGCCGGUGGGAAGCAAUGCACGAUUGCAUAAUGGCUAUGAUUAAAAGCCACCCCCAGGCAGCAGUAAACAACUGGAAAUUAUUCCGCACAGCAAUCUACAAUAACUCUGUGGAUGUAGUCACAAGUGUACUUGACCAGGGUAUCGACCCAAACGCACUCGAUGAGCAUGGAUGGUCACCUCUAGCUAUUGCUGAACAAAUGUUGAACAGUAGAGCUAUUGAGGACGUAGUAGAGAUUCUUAAAGCUCGAGGGGCGAGAGAGUUUGGGGCUCCCACGGGUGAAGCGAAUGGAGGGCCGGUCAUAGGGCAGCCCCCGAUGCUAAUGAACCGGAAUGAUAGGGGGCCCAUCGUGGACGUUUCGGAGGAUGGGCUAGAAGUUCGCUCGCUCAGUAAGUAGCUUUCAUGAGCCCUUGAUGCAGUGAAAUAUUCACUUACCAAAAAAAAUGAUCUACAGGACCCGAAUCUCUACAUUACGGCUCGAUACGAGCAAACCACCCGAUACCCAAGGGGGAGUACACAUUUUACUUCGAAGUUGAGCUCCAAAAUGUUAUAAGAUUAGAGAGCGACUGCCCGUAAGCGCACCAACCAACCAACCAGUCAACUAAUUAUUCGCCCAACUUGCUAACCCCUCAAACCACUAGUGUCAUCGCUAUAGGAAUAUGUACCGAUGUAGCACCCCUAGAAGACCAGGUGCCAGGCAUGAGUGAACUGGGCAGCAUAGCCUACCACGGCGACGACGGUGGAUUCUAUCACAAUGGAGACGGGCGCGAAAUCUACGGGCCGACCUACAGCGCCGGAGACGUCAUUGGUUGCGGGGUAGACUUUGUCAACGACCGCAUAUUCUUUACAAAAAAUGGGGAAUUUCUAGGUGGGCUUAACUCCCACUUCAUUGCAUAA